UGCGCCCUCAAAGGCACGCCACAACCGUGGCCGUAUGACCUAGGGCUCCCAUAGCCACCCGAUCCUGAAGAACACCCCGAUUGUUUCCGUUUGGAGCCGACUUCACCUUUGAGGCUCUUUCCGGUUAAAGUGUUUAGUCGCUAAAAUGGCGCGGGGACCCAAGAAGCACUUGAAGCGCCUUCACGCGCCGAAGUCAUGGAUGUUAGACAAGCUUGGUGGUGUGUUUGCACCCCGACCAAGCACAGGUCCCCACAAGUUGAGGGAGUCUCUCCCCCUUGUCGUCUUCUUGAGGAACCGUCUCAAGUACGCCCUCACAGCUAAUGAUGUCAAGAAGAUCGUCAUGCAGCGUCUGAUCAAGGUUGACAACAAAGUCAGGACCGACCCCAACUUCCCUUCUGGAUUUAUGGAUGUCAUCACCAUUGAGAAGACAAACGAGAACUUCCGGCUGAUCUAUGAUGUGAAGGGCCGUUUCACCGUCCACCGCAUUACAGCUGAUGAGGCUAAGUACAAGCUUUGCAAAGUGAAGCGUGUCCAGGUUGGACCCCGUGGAAUCCCCUUCCUUGUGACCCACGACGGCCGCACCAUUAGGUACCCUGACCCUCUCAUCAAGGUCAACGACACAAUCCAGCUGGACAUUGCCACUUGCAAGAUCCAGGAUAUCAUCAGCUUUGAUUCUGGUAACUUGUGCAUGAUCACUGGAGGCCGUAACUUGGGGCGUGUCGGCACUGUUGUCAACCGUGAGAGACAUCCUGGUUCAUUCGACAUUGUUCACAUCAAGGAUACCCAGGGUCACGUUUUUGCCACACGUUUGAACAACGUUUUCAUCAUUGGUAAGGGCACCAAGACCUACGUAUCCCUGCCCAAGGGUAAGGGAGUUAAGCUUACCAUCUCCGAGGAGAGAGACAAGCGGCUGGCCACCAAGGCCUGAAGUUAAUCUGCUUAAUAAAAAUUGGAAAACCA